AGCAAUGCUACCAGAAAAGCCGAGGAAAGAUGAACGAGGGCGAAAAGUUUGCCGAGUUGAACUUGCGUAAAUUCAAGUGCACCCAGUGCGUCUGCGAGAAGGAUGGUAAAUUGAAUUGCCGCGAUGUGCCCCUGGCGAAGGUCUGUCCGCCGCUGAACUGCAGCGCCGACCGGCGCAUUCAGCCGCACGGCGAGUGCUGCAUGAUCUGCGAGGGCACCGAUUUCUGCGCCCAAGGGCACACGUGCCACCCUGACGCCGUCUGCCUGAACCUUCGCACCAACUACACCUGUCUCUGCAAGAGCGGCUACCGAGGGGCGGUGAACGGUAGCGCACCGGGGCGGCACACCUGCGUCGACGUGGACGAGUGUGCCGACGAGCGGCUGAACAACUGCAGCAGCGUCGCCUCGACCUGUGUCAACAAGCCCGGCUCCUUCUCCUGCCGCUGCAAAUCCGGCUGGACGGCCGUCGAUGAGCACCGCUGUAUUGACAUCGACGAGUGCUCCACGAAUGAGCAUCUGUGCGGCGAGAAUGCCGUUUGCGAGAACACGCCAGGCAGCUACCGGUGCAAGUGCAAAGAAGGUUAUGAAGGCGAUGGAAAGGUGUGCAAAGACAUUGACGAGUGCUCUCUGGGCCUGCACCAGUGUCCAGUCAUCUCGAAAUGCGUCAACAAGCCUGGCUGGUACCACUGCGACUGCCUGAAAGGCUACGAAGCAAAAAGGGAGCUGAUGGUGGACGGCAUCACCAUUGGCCACAGUGCUGGUGGUAGUGGUCACCACGAGGAGGUACAGUGCCACGAUGUGGACGAGUGCGCCAGUCCACGGCUGAACACCUGUCCAGGCGAUGGGCGGUGCAUCAACUUUGACGGCGGAUAUCGCUGCGAGUGCACUGCUGCCGCCGCCGCCGCUGUCAACCAAACAAACAGCAGCGAUCCAGCGUUGAACGAAAUCGAUUCUACCUCCACUCCCACUACUCUCACCACCAUCGACUGUCAGUCGUGUAUCGUCAAUGGACUGCAACGAAGACAGGGCGAGUGGUGGCCCUCUGAGGAAGACUCCUGCAGCACGUGCCACUGCUCCGAGGGAGUAGUCAGAUGCGAGGCAAAGGAGUGCGACUGCUCCGAUGUACAGAUGCACCUAGAUAGGCACCAACAGCACUGCUGUCCGCAGUGCAGCGGCGUCGCUGGUCGCAGCGCUAAAGUGUGCUUUCAUCAGGAGGAUCGAAUGAAGGUUUUUAGCAGUGGAGAACGCUGGAACUACGACUGUCAAACGUGCGAGUGCAUGAACGGCGAAAUUGACUGCUGGAGUGAGUGUCCACCGCUGAUGACCAACUGCCUGAAUCCAGUGAGAGCCCCUGGUGACUGUUGUCUGCGCUGUGAAGACGACCCCUGUCAGUCGCCUGGUCCGAAGGCAGGCAAUGGAACGCUGCCCUUGGCUGGUUGCCGCCACCUGAACAAGCACUACGAGAGUGGUCAGCUGGUGAACAUGGACAACACUGACAAGUGCACCUCCUGUCUUUGCCAGAAUGGUCGUUUGUGUUGCUCUUACUCUGCUACAUGUCUGGCUGAUGGCGUCACCGUUUCUUCAAGCACUUUUGCACCGACUUUUCCGUCCACUUCACCUUCACCCUCCACCUCAGCGCCCUCUUCAUCCACUGACGGCUUCAAUGUGUCACUGCAACGAUCAAUGUCGGUUGCGGGCAGCAGCAAUGCCGUCGACCAGGCUAAUCACUUUCCACUGGGCAGCAUUGCCGGCUACAUGAGUCGAUUCUUUAGCGAUGACCAAGGACAGCACCAGCAACGGCAUCACUCACCACAACACUCACCACCUGUUGAAAAGAAUUCGGUUGAGGAAAUUAAUGAUUCGACAGGUGAUGUUGUGGGCGGCAGCAGAAGCAGCAGUGGCAUCGGCAGCAACUCUCACGAGUUCUACCAGAGUCCGGCACUGUCAGGCGCCGAGGAGGAGGCAGUGGCCGCCAAGGUGGCCGCCAUUGUCGGUCCAGUGAAGAAGGUGCACUCUGAGUUCUGCUACUACGUCGACUGUCAAGAAAAGCUGUCAUCGAGCGAGCUCGAGCGAAUCCAGUGGAUCCUCACGCCGAACUUUGAGAGCAAACUGUCAGCCGGCGUGUCGAGCCUUCGCAGCAAGCAGAAGACAGGCGGAAGCUUCUUCGUGGAGAUUGGUCCUCGACUCAACUUCAGCACGGCGCUCUCCACCAACGCCGUCUCCAUCUGCACCAACAUCGGCCUGGCCGACAAAGUGGGACGCAUUGAGAAGAGCACUCUUUACCUCUUCGAGUUGACGAAAGCACUCAACAAGGAGCAGGAGAUUGUGCUCGUGGAGGCACUGCACGACCGCAUGACCGAACAGCGGUACUCGCAGCCGAUCACCUCCUUUGCACUGCCCGCCAGCACCGAGAACUGGUACGAGAUCGACGUGAUCGGCCGCGGCGAGGCGGCCCUGCGUGAGGUCAGCGAGAAGCUGGGCCUCUCCUUCGACGACUGGGACGUCACCUACUACUGCGGCCUCUUCCGCGACCAGCUGAAGCGCAACCCCACCUCGGUGGAGUGCUUCGACCUGGCGCAGUCCAACUCUGAGCACUCGCGCCACUGGUUCUUCAAGGGGCAGAUCUUUGUGGACGGACAGGAGGUGCCCGAGUCGCUGAUCGACAUGGUGGCCAGCACGCAGGCGACCACCAAUGACAACAAUGUCAUCAAGUUCAACGACAACUCCAGCGCCAUCAAGGGCUUCACCGACCUGAAGGUGCUCCUGCCGAAGGACCCCACUGAGGCGUCUUUUGUGCAGGUGAAGGACGCCCAGGCGAGGCACAUCAUCUUCACCGCGGAGACGCACAACUUUCCCACCGGUGUGGCGCCCUUUCCGGGCGCCACUACCGGCACUGGUGGGCGCAUUCGGGACGUGCAGGCGGCAGGCAGAGGAGCACACGUCAUUGCCGGCACUGCUGGCUACUCAUUUGGCAACCUGAACUUGCCUGGCUACGAUCUGGAGUGGGAGAAACAGGGAGAGACUUAUCCGAGCAACUUUGCCUCUCCGGCACAGAUCUGCAUUGAGGCGAGUAAUGGCGCCUCUGACUACGGCAACAAGUUCGGAGAGCCGGUGCUGUCGGGAUUUUGUCGAAGCUACGGACAGCGAAAUGAAAAAAAGGAGCGAAUCGAGUACAUCAAACCGAUCAUGUUCAGCGGCGGCAUCGGCACCAUCGACGCCACCAUGGUCAAGAAGAACGACCCCGAGGUGGGCAUGGUCGUGGCAAAGGUGGGCGGCCCGGUCUACCGAAUCGGCGUCGGCGGCGGAGCGGCCAGUUCGACUGAGGUGCAGGGCGCCGAGGGAAGCGAGAGUCUCGACUUUGGCGCCGUACAGCGAGGCGACGCAGAAAUGGAGCAGAAGAUGAACCGACUGAUUCGAGCCUGCAUUGAGUGUGAGGACGUGAACGUGAUCGAGUCGAUCCACGACCAGGGCGCCGGCGGCAAUGGCAACGUGCUGAAGGAGAUCUGCGAGCCAAAGGGCGCCAAGAUCUACUGCAAGAACUUCACCCUCGGCGAUCCGACCAUAAACACGAUGGAGCUGUGGGGCGCCGAGUACCAGGAGAGCAAUGCCAUUCUGGUCAGCGAGAAAAACAAGAGCAUUCUGGAUAAGAUUGGACGGCGAGAGAAGUGCCAGGUGGACUACGUCGGACACAUCACCGGCGAUGAGCACAUUACGCUGAUUGAGGAUGAGCGGCAGAGUCGACAGCCCGUUCACCUCAGUUUGGAGUCGGUGCUCGGCUCAAUGCCACGCAAGAAGUUUGCCUUCCGCAAGCUGACGCCCUCGCUGCGACCGUUGGCCAUUCCGGCGAGCAUGACCGUCAAUGAGGCGCUCAAUCGAGUUCUCCGACUGCCUGCCGUCGCCUCGAAACGCUUCCUCACCACCAAGGUGGAUCGAUGCGUUACCGGCCUGGUCGCCCAGCAGCAAUGCGUCGGCCCUCUGCACACCCCCCUGGCCGACUACGCCAUGAUCGCCCUGAACUACUUCACAUACCGCGGCAGUGCCACCUCCAUCGGCGAGCAGCCCAUCAAGGGGCUGAUCAGUCCGGCGGCGAAUGGCCGCCUCUCAGUGGCCGAGGCCGUCACCAACCUCAUGUUCGCCGUCAUCACCGAGCUGGCCGACGUCAAGUGCUCCGGCAAUUGGAUGUGGCCGGCCAAGUUGGACGGCGAGGGCGCCCUCCUCGUGGAGACCUGCCAGGCGAUGGUCGGCCUGAUGAAGCAGCUGAACAUUGCCAUUGACGGCGGCAAGGACUCCCUGUCGAUGGCGGCCAAGGUGAAGACGGCCGGCGGCAGUGAGGUGGUCAAGUCGCCGGGCACGCUGGUCAUCAGCGCCUACGCCCCAGUGCCGGACAUUCGCGUGAAGGUGACGCCGGUGAUGAAGGCAAACGGAACAACUGGCUCGCACAGUCUGGUGUACGCCAAUCUGAGCGGCAGUGGCAGCCACCGCCUGGGCGGCUCCGCCUUUGCGCAGGUCAUGCAGCAGGUGGGCGACAGCUGUCCGGACAUUGACAGUGCCCAGCAGCUGAAGAGCUGCUUCAACAUUGUCCAGUCGCUGAUCAAGGAGGGCGUCUGCACGGCCGGCCACGACGUGAGCGACGGCGGCCUGGUCACCUGUCUCCUCGAGAUGGCCUUCGCCACCAACUGCGGUCUGAAGGUGGACAUCAAGGGCGGAAAGAAGGGUGUGCCCGUCUUCAAUGUGCUCUUUGCGGAGGAGGCCGGUGUGGUGGUGGAGCUGCGCAAUGACGGGCUGGAGGCGGCGAUGCAGCAGUUCAAGGCGGCCGGUGUUGACGCACAGGUCGUCGGUGCGGCCGUUCCAGAGAACAGCGUCCUGAUUGCCGUUGAUGGUGUCGUCCAGAUUAAGUCGACCAUGACGGAGCUUCGCGACACCUGGGAGGCGACUACAUUUGCGCUGGACAAGCUGCAGGCGAAUCCUGCCUGUGUGCAGCAGGAGCAGAGCGGGCUGAAGCACCGAAAGACGCCCAAGUGGCAGCUGACCUUUGAUCCGAAGGGUAUCAAGAUUAACAUUGACUCGCACAUCAGCUCCGCACCUCGAGUGGUGGUGCUGCGUGAGGAGGGCAUCAACGGCGACCGGGAGAUGAUCGCCAGUCUGUUCAUGGUCGGCUUUGAGGUGGCCGACGUCACCGUGACCGACCUCAUCUCGGAGAGCAUCAGCCUGGAGCAGUUCCGCGGGGUGAUCUUUCCCGGUGGUUUCUCCUACGCCGACGUGCUGGGCAGCGCCCGCGGCUGGGCGGCCACUCUCAAGUUCAACGGCAAAGUGGAGGCGCAGCUGGAGCGCUUCAAGCGACGCUCGGACACCUUCUCGCUGGGCGUCUGCAAUGGCUGCCAGCUGAUGGCACUGCUCGGGUGGGUGGGCGCCAAGAAGGAUGGAACCCAGGGCACGAUGCUGGAGCACAAUGAGAGCCGCCGCUUCGAGUGCCGCUUCACCUCGGUGCUCAUUCCCCAGCACACGCCGGCAAUUAUGCUGGCCGGCAUGCAGGGCAGCGCACUGGGCGUCUGGGUGGCCCACGGAGAGGGACGAUUCGUCUUUGAGAGUGAGCAGGUGAAGAGACAGAUGACGGGCGGCAGUGGCUGCGUCUCCCUCCAGUACGUCGACGAUGAGGGCAAGCCGACGAUGCAGUACCCGAUGAACCCGAACGGCAGCGAGGAGGCCAUUGCCGGCAUCUGCAGCGAGGACGGACGCCACUUGGCCAUGAUGCCCCAUCCAGAGCGGGCGACACUCUCCUGGCAGUGGCCCUACGUUCCGGAGAACUUGGAGCACAGUCUGCGCGGGGUGCAGGCCAGUCCCUGGGCGAAGAUGUUUGAGAACGCCUACCAGUGGGUGCUGAAGAACUGA